AACACUGAUGGAAUAUAUAUUUAUAUAUAUAUGACUCCUACAGCCGCGAAAAUGUGAAUUUCGCAAUUGAUUUAAAAUCAACCACCGAACCCAAGCAAAGUGUAAAUUGGAACCAAAUUCUUGCCAACAGAUAGGCCACAAGCGUCGGGGGAAAACAAGCUAUUAAAAUCAUCGUUUUGUCAACGAAACAGAGCCAUUUUGGUGUCCUAAAACUGCGCAGUAAAAAUCAAUAACUGUAAGUGGCACGCAUCGUCAAUACAUAAAUGUAAAAAGGAGGUCCGCAAAAGGAGCCAAGAUGUCCGACGAGGAGGAGGAGUCCGUGUCCGAGGGCUUCUCGGCCAGCGAGGACGAGUGGAAGCCAACCAAGGAUGCACGCGGCGGAGAAUCGUCGGAUGACGAUGACAGCGACUUUGAUGAGCUGCAGCUUGCGGGGGCGGCUGGAGCUGCCGGUUCCAGUGGUCGCUCCUCAGCAGGAGCAUCCAAAAAGAGGGAUCAGAAGCAGCCGAGCGGCAUAAAGGGGUCGUCGGUGAAGAAGCGUAAGCCCAGUGGGCAAUCGUUACGGUCCAAGCUAUACAACAAGUACCGACCGCCGCCAAAGACGUUUGCCACAUCGCCAUCUCAGCAGCAAAACUCACCGUCGGCUUCGGGUUCAAAAAACGCCAGAACGCCCAAUGAAAGCGGAGCUCGGGAUCAGCACCACGAUGCGGCUGAUUCCAGCAGCGAGUCCAGCGUGGAGGAUUACUUGGUUAAUCCGGCUGACCUGGAUCUGCAGUCAACCUUCUUUGCCGGCCAGCAAGAAAAGUCAAAAGAGAAGUCUCCGGUGCCGCAGUUCGACUGCAACGCCGGCAUCACGAAUCUCUCGGACUCGGGUUCCGGAUCGGAGGACAACAACGACAGCAGUAUGGAGGACAAGGCCAGCAACGCGUUUGAUUUCCGGGGUCUCCUCGAGAACGCGAACAGCUUGGAGCGCACACGGGAUGCGCUCGCCAAGCGAAAUGUCACGGCCACUCCACCCAAGAGCCAGACCGCCACCAUGGACGUAAACGCACUGCUUGCAUUGGGCGAGAACCAGAACUAUGAGGAGCAGGAGGAGCCUGAAGGGAAUAAACGGAGGGGCGCCGGAGCAGGAAUGGGGUCGGUAGAGCCGCCACCCAUGGAUGGACCGUCGCGGCUGAGCAAGACCAAGUCGACACGGAUUAAGCGUCACACCAAGACGCGUCCCGUUUCCACAGUGGUCGCGAAUGCCGGGGACACGGAUGACUCCGAUUUUGAGGAAGUGGCAGAUGCCGAGCUUGAGAGCGACGACGAUGGUGGUACUCCCAACAUCUCCGGCGACCUGGAGAUCCAUGUCGGCCUUCAGACGCGACCCACCAAGGAGCAGAAGACCCAGCACGAGCUGGAGAUGGCCCUGAAGCGGCGCCUCAAUCGGGACAUCAAGGAUCGCCAGCUGCUGCUGCACAAAAUUAGUCUCAUGUGCCAGAUUGCCAGGAGCCUAAGGUACAACCGUCUUCUGGGCGAAUCGGAUGCACUGAUGCAGGCGGCCCUGAAACUCCUGCCCAGCAAGAACGCCUAUCCUACAGAACGAGGCGUUGAGCUGAAGUAUCUGCAGUCGUUCGUCACCUGGUUCAAAACGGCCAUCAAGCUUCUCAACCCCCAGUUGUAUUCCGAGCAAUCAGUCUCCGGCAAGAAGCAGAUCAUAGAGGCUUUGCUGGAGCAGAUCAAGCGCAAGGAAGCCCGCUGCAAGCAGGAUAUGAUCUUCAUAUUCAUUAUCCUUGCGCGGGGAAUGGGCAUGCACUGCCGACUGAUAGUGAAUCUCCAGCCAAUGCCUCUACGACCAUCGGCCAGUGAUCUGAUUCCUAUCAAGCUUAAGCCAGACGAGAAAAACAAAAGCCAGACCGUGGAUACCGAUGAGGAGGAAGAGGAGGAUGAGGAUUUAAAGCCCAAAAAGAACAAACCUUCCAAAGGUAAAUCGCAAGCUGAGAAACCCAAAGAGGUUGCUAAGAAGAGCAGUGAAAAACCACUGAAGAAGGAGGCCAAUAAAUCGGGAUCUUCUGACAAAAACAGAUCAACUUCUUCAAGUAGGAAAGACGCGAACAAAUCGGGAUCCUCUUCCAGCAAAGGGCCGGAAAAAAAGGAAACUAGCAAGUCCACAUCAAGCUCAAAACAGCCCAAACAGGAAGAGGUUGCCCAAAAGAAGGAGGUUUCCAAACCCAAGACAGUUAAAAAGGAGGACAUUUCAAAAACCAGUCUGUCCUCUAAACUGGCCAGCAAAGAGAUUACCAAACUGGAGAAAUCCCGAAAUUCGGACACCUCCUUCGAAGAGAAACCAAGCACCUCCAAGGCAGCCUCCAUCAGUUCCCAAAAGGAAACCAAACCAAACUUGUCUCUGCUGAAAAGGGUCACAACUCAAAAAAUCGCCGAAGCAACAGAGGGCAAGAGGUCCAAAGUGGCUCCUGGGGAUCCCUUCUCACCUGUGGCGGGACGAACUCGAAGAGCACAAACGAAACCCAAAAUCGAGGUCGAUGAGAAAAAGGGAAGCAUGUUCUCCCCAGUGGGAUCCCCUGUGGUGCCUGAGUUGGUCCUGCCCAAGGCCAGGAGGCAGAAUGGUAACAGUAAGGAUGCGGAAAAUACCCAACCUGCAAUGGAGGAAGAGCUGGUAACCCGUUCACGAAGCAAGUCACCCAAGGUACGCAUUUCUCCGGCUUUUCUGGGUGUUCCAGAUCCAUCUGCAACUUCAGUGCCGCCCAAGAACUCCAAAAGUCCGGAUUCCAAAGUUCGGAUUUCGCCCACUUUCCUGACCAAAGCUGCACCGGCACGACACUUGAGGAGUCGACAGCCAAAGUCCACCAAUCUAACUAUUCCCCAGCUCGAUGGGGCCGAGGAUGUGCCAGUGCCCAAGAAGCGACCGAAGCUGGAGAAGCUUCAGAAGUCGCAGGACUCCGACGAAGUAUUUGAGCCUUCGAAGCCCGUGAAAAAGGCGCCAGUGCUGCCCAAGUCAGUACAGAAUCUGCGCAAGGAUCGGCGAGUUCUUUCCACGGACGACGAGGGCGGCUUGAAGCCGAAACGGAAGCCGGAUGCCUCCGACAUGUGGGUGGAGGUGUGGUCUGAAGUGGAGGAGCAGUGGAUCUGCAUUGACCUGUUCAAGGGCAAGCUACAUUGUGUCGAUACCAUACGAAAAAACGCCACGGCAGGACUGGCCUAUGUGUUCGCCUUCCAGGACGAUCAAAGCCUCAAGGACGUGACUGCCCGGUAUUGUUCCAGUUGGAGCACCACUGUGCGCAAAGCUCGCGUGGAGAAGGCUUGGCUGGAUGAAACCAUUGCCCCGUAUCUGGGACGUCGCACAAAGCGGGAUAUCCGCGAGGAUGAGCAGCUGCGGCGCAUUCACUCCGACAAGCCCCUGCCCAAGUCCAUAGCCGAGUUCAAGGACCAUCCGCUGUAUGUUCUUCCGAGGCAUCUACUCAAGUUCCAAGGCCUCUACCCGCCAGAUGCUCCCACCUUGGGCUUCAUUCGGGGCGAACCCGUCUACUCGCGCGACUGUGUGCACCUCCUGCAUUCCAGAGAAAUUUGGCUAAAGAGCGCUCGAGUCGUCAAGCUGGGAGAACAGCCCUACAAAGUGGUCAAGGCGCGUCCAAAAUGGGACAAGCUGACACGGACCGUUAUCAAGGACCAGCCCCUUGAGAUCUUCGGCUACUGGCAAACGCAGGACUACGAGCCGCCCACGGCGGAGAAUGGCAUUGUGCCACGCAACGCCUAUGGAAAUGUUGAACUCUUCAAGGCGUGCAUGCUGCCCAAGAAGACAGUUCACCUGAGACUUCCUGGCCUUAUGCGGGUUUGCAAGAAGCUCAACAUCGACUGUGCCAACGCGGUGGUUGGCUUCGACUUCCACCAGGGCGCCUGCCAUCCCAUGUACGAUGGCUUUGUGGUCUGCGAGGAGUUCCGCGAGGUGGUCACCGCCGCCUGGGAGGAGGAUCAGCAGGAGCAGGCGCGCAAGGAGCAGGCCAAGUACGAGGAUCGCGUCUACGGCAAUUGGAAAAAGCUGAUCAAGGGUCUAAUUAUUCGCGAGCGCCUCAAGAAAAAGUAUAAUUUCUGAAUAUUUGUUCCAUUUGUCGUAAAUUUUGCAUCUGUUUCGUAAGUUUUGUAUUUUUUUUUAUUUGAAAUCCACGUUGGGAUUCCAAUAAAUUGUAUGCAUUAUUUUGUAA